CGGUCAGCGGGAUAGAAGGAGGGAAGUCUGAACUGUAGUUGUGUGUCAAGCAAGCGACAACGAGAACAAAGCGAAACAGCUUGGAUACUGCUUGCUGUGGAAAGAGAAACGGCCACUUAUGGAAACAAAUCCAUCAGUAGAGCGUGGGAACCUCAUUUAAGCACAGUUACUUUGGUAGUUUUCACCAGCUUCCAGAGAAAAUACCGUCUGGUUUAUUUGUAGAUUGCAAGAAUCAUUGUGACACUGUUUCACAAAUGGUUGGCAUCCAAAAUUUCAAUUCUGAAAUUACGAGAGGGAACUCUGAAUCAUGCACUCAAGCAGUGAUGUCUGCCUUGAAGACUCUUCAGGAGAAGAUUCACCGUUUAGAGCUGGAGAGAACUCAAGCACAGAAUAACCUUAAGUGUCUAUCUGAGAAAGCCCUGCGGCAUAAACACGUUUUAGAACAGGAAAAGAGCGAGACCAACCUUGUGCAAAAAGAGGCUCAACAGAAAACAGAACUUACUUCCCAGCUGGGUUCUGCUGAGGCCCACUGCGCUCUCCUGGAAAAGCAGUUGGAUUACAUGAGGAAAAUGGUGGAAAUCGCAGAGCAUGAAAAAAAUGAAACUCUGAAGAAACAGGUAUUGCUGCAGAAGGAGAGAAUUCAGGACCAAGUCGAAGUGCACUCGAAAUUGGAAAAACUGGAAGUCCUAGAGCAAGAAUGUCUUAAACUUACAGCCACUCAAACUAAGGCUGAGACGAAGAUUCAGCAGCUGGAACAAAAACUUUUGAAAGAAGAACAUCAGUGCAAGCUUGUACAAGAAAAAGCAGCCCAACUUCAGGCAGGACUAGAAAUAACCAGAAUAAUCCAGUCUUCACUUCCUGCUGAAUGUAAACCAAAGAAAAAAACUAAGAAUAUGCCUGCAAAGAAAAUUUCCAGUGCAAAGAAAGAACUACCUGUGCCUCCCAUUUAUCACAAGGCAAAGACGCUUCAUUUCGUUGCUGGAACAUCAACCAGUCCCAGCCAUUCCGUGAGAGCUAAUGUUCAAAAUGUCCUGCACAUUAUGAAGUACCACAACCGAAAGCUCUACGAUGGAAGGCAGACUCUUCCCACGAGGUUCCCAAGAAGCACAGAGCCUGUAGAGAAGAGGUCUUUCCGCAGACCUGCGUCUUCAUGCUCAGCCUCCUCUUCGAUCGGGAGCUUGUCAGAAGUGCUGCUGGCUUUGCAAGAUGAAUUAGGACAAAUGAGUUUGUGGCUGUUUUGUUCAAGUGAACAUCAGGAGCUACUGAAACAGAUACAGGAGACCAGGAUAACAGAAGUACGCGAGGACCUGGAGAGGGAGCUGGACUGUCUGGUGAAAAGGAUGGAGGUGAAAGGGGACCAGAUUUCCAAGCUCAAAAAACAUCAAGCUGCUGUUCAGAAACUGAAGCAGAAAAGUCAGAAGGCAAAAAGACGGCUAGCCAGCGCUGGAGCACAAACAGAAGUGAAUGAAGUGAAGCCACUGUCCGUCACUCUCAGACAUCGAGGACGUUCCCCUAAACCCUCCAAGGGGCACACGAACCAGGGUAGCCUGCAGCUGCUGAAGAAUGUACAGAAACUGCAGCUGAACCUGAAGAAGGAUGACAUCAUGUGGGUGCAGUAACGAGAGGCUCCCAUGGGACUGAUGCUGAAAGGGCAACACUGUCACCUGUUGUAUAUUUGGCAAAUCUACUGUAGUGUGGUGAUCCAAAAUCUUAAUCAAAUUGCAUGUUUCAAUGGCAUUGAAAUUAUUGUGUAUUUAGUUUAAGUGUGUUGCACAGGUUUGUUUUGUGUUUUUUUUAAUAACUUGUGUUUUUAAUGUAUUAAAAAUGGUUUUUGCAUGAAAUGUCUUUGUUUUGUAAUGGAGAAACACAGUUCUAUCAUUUGUUAUGUGGAAGUGUUGAAGGUUUCAUAGACUGGCAUUGAGGUGGCUUGCUUAUACAUUACUUAAAUACAUGUUCAACCAUGGAGUUUGCGCAAUUUUUUUUUUUAAAACUGACAAAUACAGAUGCAGUCACUUCACAGUAUUUUACAACUUGCCUGUGCAUGUUAACCAUUCAUUUUCCAGUUUCAAACCAA